GGUUAGUUGGGAACUGUGGUGGUUGAUGUUAUGUAACCUCCUUUGGAAAAGAAAAAAGAAGUAACCUCAUUUUGAUUACCAGAGCGUGUGUUUAUAACACACGGGUUUGUUUUGUGCGGGUUUUUGAUUUUCGAUCGGUAUGGCCAAGUUGAAGAGCAGCAAACCGGCGCUGGCGAAACAAGUGGUCGUCAAGAAGCGAUUGAAAAAUGCGGGCAAUAAAAUAACUUCGGGAAAUACCAAGAAACGGAAAGCGGACGUCUUUGAAGUUCCCAAUUUCGAUAACAACGACGUUGAAGAAUUUACGACGAUCAAAACGACGAAGGACAUACAGCGAAAGGUGAAAAGACCGUUGGUUUUGGCGCCCCGCGACGUCGACUUGGAUGCCGGCGUGGAGGUGAAGAAAAGCAAGAAGAACAAACGUGUCGCCGACGUCGAGAGCGCCGCUGAGGCCGACUCCCUUACCUCAAAGUUUCAACGGUAUAAAAUAAAUGUCGCCGAUGUCGAAAGCUCCAUUCGGGGGAUCUUAAAAAUCGCCGCCAAUAACAAAGAAUUGGGAAAUAAACUAUUCGACGACGAUUUUCCCAUUUUCCUGCAAGUAAACAUGUUCAAGAUACCGAACGCCCGGGGUUACGACAAGCAUCUGUUCCGGGUGCCGCUGAAAAAUCCCCUGCUGGCGCAGGACAGCGAAGUUUGUUUGAUAGUGCCCGACGUCAAGGGGAUACCCAACAAGGAACACGAGCGCCAUCAGGAACAUUACGAGGCGUUGUUGCGGAGUAAAAACGUCACAGGUAUAAAGAAAAUUAUGACGUUCCACGAGUUCCGGACAGAUUACGAAACGUUCGAGCUGAAAUCGCGCCUAGCCGACUUAUACGACGCUUUCCUGGUCGAUGGCCGGAUCAGCGGCAAAGUGGUGCACAAGGGGGGCAGCGUGUUUUACAAAAGACGCAAAGUGCCCGUCGCGAUCAAGCUGAACGCGAGCAAACUGGCCGAGCACAUCGACGCCGCCCUGAGAAAGGCUUAUUUCGAUAUCAACAUGAAAGGUGACAGUUGCAUGGUUCAGUUCGGCAAGAGCGACCUGGGCGUUGCCGACCUCAUGGAGAACGUGUGGAGCGUCGUGGAGUUUUUGGACGCGAAAUUUCCCGGCGGGAUGGCCAACGUGCGCAGCUUGUAUGUGUUCGCCCACAAGUGUCCUUCUAUUCCCAUAUAUGUUUCUUUUGUUAAUCCGAACGACGUAAAAGUGCCCGAGCUUAGACCGACAAGACCGAAAGCGUACAAGACAUAUAGGGACGAGCUGAGCACCGAACUGGACACGCGCGUCGUCGUGAAGCCCUCGGGUCGCGUAAUCAUCAAGAGGAAACACGGAAAAAGGAACGAAAUAAUAUCGGAAACGAAGGAGUCGGUCUCUGGGACGAAAGUUAUAACGAAAAGUAGAAAUAAGAAGCUGUGAAGCUAAAUGAAACGUAAAAGUGAGGUUAGACUCGCGAUUGCGCAAUAAAGAUCGUUUUUUAUUACCAAAAGGAAUGCGUUUUGUUGCCGAAAUAAUGAAACUCCCGUCUAAUUGGUAAAUUCUAAUUUUCCAAGUGAAGUUGUACACAGUUUAGCGCAUGAACCGCGUCAUGUUAUUUACAAAGCGACACGUAUAAUUUUUAUUCUAAAUUAAAUACACGUCGUAUCCCAACUAAAUAACCUGCGGCGUAAAAAAAUAAAAAUAUAGAUUUAGAUAUAACAGCGAGAGAUUCACUAAAAUCACAACGUUCGGAAUUUUCAAACCCAAAACCUGUCGUACGUUUUCUGCCGCCGUUUCGUGUCGUUCGACUGGCAUCAGUGGCGUUUUUUUGUGUCCAAUUUCGGUUGCAAAUGCCGAAAAAACUGAAAAUGAUACAUUUCGAGGGCCCCUCGUAUCUUUCUUAUUUAUGUUUUUAGAUCAAUUUUAUAUCGGCAGUAUUUCUACCACAAAUAUCUAAAACAUGUAUAUUCUGUAUAAAAUUACGUUAUUUUUGAGAACAAUUACGUUGAGAGCGACAUUAUAUAUAUAUAUAUA